AUGAAGGACAUCAUCAUCAAUGAUAGAUACCGCGUUGACCGCAAAAUCGGCGAGGGAGGCGGCGGCCUUGUAUAUUCCGAGGAUCUGUUCAACUACUGCGGACGGAAGUUCUCACUCAAGACUGUCCUCCUCAUUGCUGAUCAGGCCAUCUCUCGGAUUGAAUACAUCCACUCCAAGGGCUUUCUUUACCGGGACAUCAAGCCGGAAAACUUUGUCAUGGGCGUCGGUCAGCAAGGCAAUACAUUGUACACGAUUGACUUCGGCCUGGCCAAGGAGUUUAGCCUGGCAGAGUUGCAUCGAAAGAACAGACUUUGGAUAUUGUAUGGCACCAGACGUUAUGCGAGUAUUAACAAUCAUAAUGGAAAAGGCUCCUUGCCGUGGCAGGGUAUGGAGGCUAAGCUAGAUGAAGAUGGGGAUGGGGAAGGCAUGAUUAGAGACAAGAAGAUGGGCCUCUCUGGGGAAGAGCUCUGCGAAGGAUUGCCAGGAGAGGUCGAAUUCGCCACGUUCAUCAACUACGCACGAUCUUUACGCUUCGAGGAUGAACCUGACUAUGCAUAUCUUCGUCAGCUUUUCAGCCGCCUAUUCCUCGCCGAAGGGUUCAAGUACGACAACGUGUUCGACUGGACCGAGAAGAGAUUCAACGAGAUCUAG